GCACACAAUAUAUAUAACAAUCCAACUCUUCUCUUCAUCACAGCCAUGUCCCUCUCCUCCAAAGUCAUCCUCGUCACCGGCUCCGCCAGCGGUCUCGGCCGCUGCAUCGCCGAAACCCUCCUCGGCCGCGGCGCCUCCGUCACCAUCAGCGACAUCAACCCGGACCGCCUCGCCGCAACGCUAUCCGAGCUCUCGGCAACCUUUUCCCCCGACCGCCUGCUGGCAGUGCAAGUCGACGUCACAGACGAGAAAUCCGUCCAGUCGCUCGUCGAGCAGACCGUCCAGCGCUUCCACCACAUUGACGUCGUCGUCAACAACGCGGGCAUCAUGGACAAGUUUGCGCCUGUGGGUGAUUGCGACACGGGCAUGUGGGAGUCUAUCCUGAAUGUGAACCUCACGGGGGCGUACUAUGUCACCAAGCACGCCGUGCCACAUCUGCUGGCUCGCGCCGAGGAGCGUGGUGGCGGCGAGCAGGGCAGCCUCGUCAUCAACAUUGGCUCCACGGCGUCCUUCUCGGGCCUCACUGCCGGAGUGGCAUACACCGUUUCCAAGCACGGCCUCGUGGCCAUGACGAAGCACACGGCGGGCUACUACGGCCCCAAGGGCGUCUAUUCCGUGGCGCUGCAGCCCGGCGGCAUGAGCGAGACGAGAAUCACCGAUGCCUUUGCGCAGGGUAUGCACAAGGAGGGACUAAUGGCCAUCCAGGGGGCGCAUCCUAAGACGAUUAAUGUGCCCAUCAGCCAUGUGGCCAGAUACGCGGCGUUUCUGAGCGAGGACGGCAUUGGCCAGAGUUCGAAUGGAGGCUGCGUUACAAUCACUGGCAACUGGCCUGAAGCGUAAGUGGCAAAGAGAUGUACUGAGGGAAAGAUGUAAGAUAAAGAAAAGGGCACACGAUAAACCAGCUAGCAUAGACAACUUGUUUGACAACUUGUUAUCCAAAAUGAUAACGAAAAUACCUUUCAUUCAUAUUCUGUUCAUACACAUUAAAGCGCGAGCCCAAAAGUAAGAGUGCGCGAUACCUAUUAAUAAAUCCAGCACGCGGUGUCCGUGAUCUAUCGCCUCUAUCACAUCGUCGUUUCUACAAGAACGCUUCCCACUUUCGGUUGAUCUGCUUCCUCCGAACCUAGGCGCCAAAAUCACCA